CGGAAGAACGACCACCCACCUCGGCCAUGUUGCAUGGCCCGGACGGCCGCCGCGGCGGACGCGGCGGCGGCGGCGCGGCGGCGGUGGCUGCGGCACUUGGAAUCCUCGACGCCCACGGAGCUUGUGGAGGCGGUGAGAGAGGAGCUCCGACAGGGACGCCUCGAGGGUUGGCGGAACUCCUUGUGGACGCCUCUGUUGGAGCGUUGCGUGGGGACCGAACCGCACUCCACAUGGAACCGUUACGCGCUGGACGCAUCCCACGGCUGGGCGAAGGCUGCAGGCUACGUCUAAGACGGAGAUGGCAGAGAGUGGGGGGAGGAGCAUUUGGCCAAGAGGAGCUAUGCCCAGAUGUGCCGACAUUGUUUGAAAAGAUGUGGUCCGUUUGUGAAAAAGGGGGGAAUGCAAGCUACAAAGACUACUGUUCGCUCUGUUGGUGGGUUUUGCUUACCAUAUAAUAGAGAUGCUCAAAGAAACCUUUUCUAUCUUUGUGGUCACAGUUGGUCAAUAGAGCGGUGGCACCUUGUAGAGGAAGAAGGUCCUUUAGUCCUCCGUGAGUCACAAGGAUUGUCCUUGACUACAUUGAUAUAGCCUUUGUUCCGAAAGCGAAAACCUGUGAAAGCCCCCACCCUUCCAGAAUCUCUACCAGAUGCUGUUUCCCCAGUCCUUGGCAUAGUCCACGUCCCCAGUCCUUCUUUCGAGUCCACGCCGUUCCCCGGCGCCACGCCGCGUGCGUUGGCGCAUCUCCCGACUCAGAGCUGCUGGCGUUGGCGCGGCAACAUGGCGCCAUCCCCAGCAGCUACAUGCUGAACCUCGCGCUGCGCGCAGCGGCACUAGGAGCUGCAUGGCAAGUGGCGGUCGACAUGUUGGCGGAGGCAUGAGAGCGCAGCAAGAGUGUGUUGAAAGGGCUGUGUAUCCUGACCGUACAUUGAACCCUGAAACCACAGGUCAGUUUGCCAUAAUGCAUGGAGUGUCCUGACGUAUACUUAAGCCUUCCAUCUCUCGAGUUCACCACGACCACCUUGAGGGGCACUUGGGAGCGUUUGAGCAUCGGGUCCUUCGCAGUCAUCCCCGCGAGCUGCGAUGAGUCGGUUCAGUCGGUCAGUUUGCCAAUCGGUUCAGUCGAUGCAUUCGCCGUGUGGAGUCAUGUGCACAGACCGGACUCACACGACUCACCACACGACUCGGUCACGACUCAGCUCUUUUGCUGCAGCUAAACCCUGAUUACGGCAUGCAUAAUCCCGUGUGAACGACGAGGGGAUGAAAUGUGAAGCGCGAAUGUGAAAAGAAUCCCUUGAAAAUCACUUCAGUUGUUCCAUGUGGACCUGAUUUGACUGCAGAGUUUGUUGUCCCGCCAGGGCCAAAACAUAUCCCACAAGAACUUGAGCAAGAUAGCAUGACACGCUCUGAAAUCAGACUCUCCACUAUGGAGUCGUACACUACUCGUGACCGUCCUCAGGUGUAUUGUGGGACCCUCAGCAGCCUUAGCGCUUUUGGUUUACAAGGGAUUGCUAUAGUAAUGCUUAACUUAUGAAUCAGGUUAAUCUCUUCCUGCAGGGCUGUCACAGUCUGUUACGGUCUGUUCGUGAAAAUUGAAGGACAGGAGCUGAAACCUCUGCAGCUCUCGGCUCUUCGUUGAUGCUCUCUGCUCGGAAAGGCCAUGGGCCAUCACCAUCCACUGGGACGGACAUUGAUCUCCCAUGUGCCGUAAGACUUGGUGCACCAGCCUGGUAGGACCCCAGCAAGCUACGUGGAUCACCUGCAGGACAGGCAGCAAGGCAGCGCGGCAGAUAGCUCCGCGGUGUAGAUCGAGCAGGACGGCAGACAGGGCCCUCUGCCAGGCCACCUUCGCCCCCGGGCGCCAUGCAGCACGCUCCCAAGAGGCCAAUGUGAUCUCCUUCAACACCACUGCAAAGGCCUUGGCCACUGCCAAGCAAUGGGCCCAAUGCUUGGCUCUGCUAGGCGCCCAGCGAGACGCGCAGAUUCCGAUGGACAUCGUCUCCUUCAAUACUCUUCAACACGCCUUGGCAGGCGGUAGCUGUUGGCAGCUGGCCUUGUCCUCGCUCCACGCCGCGCAACGGUGCCAGCUUCGCUGCGACGACGCCAGCUACAGUGCCACCAUCGUGGCCUGCGGCCGUUCCAGCCGUUUGUGGCAUGUGCUGCAGUUAGCGCGGCAAUCGCGGGAGCUCUCAAGCGUCAACGCUGCGAUCUCCAUCCUCGAAAAGGCGCGCGCCUGGCAACGCGCACUGAGCCUGGCGGAGGUUCUACAUGGCCGGGAAGACGUUGUGACCUUCACCAGCUUGGCCCACACUCUGCCCGCGCAGGAGCUCUUGAGCUCGUUGCGUCUUCGACGGCUGCAGCCCACGGAGCUCACCCAAGUGGCCCUGCGCAGCGCCGCGGCGCGCGCAGGCGCAACCCGCCUCGGCAAGUGCGGGCGCCAGCCGGAGAGUGGCGUGGUGGAUGGCGCGGUGUCCGGCUGUGGCGGCGUGUCUGGUGAUAGGUGAUGAUGGGAGAAGGAUGCUGUCAGUUGAUGUCAGUUGUGAGGAAAGCGUGAAAAGGGCAUGAAACACCCGUGUGCAUGAAUCAUGCAAAGCGUAGAAGUUUGAAGUAGGAUGUUGGGCGCUUUGCUGUUGAUGGAGACCGUUCAUGCUCUUGAAGUAGGUUUCUCCCGGAAGGGGGUGCAGGAUAUUGUCCUUCAACCACGUAGGUCGGUAGAUCAGUAGAUAGUGUUGACAUAUGUUGACCCAUGAUUAAGAAACUACCCCUAAAUAAAGUAAG